UUGCUUCGGACGCGUGCUGCUCAUAGAAGCGUAGUGAUAUUUCGCUCAUAUUGACGGCAUUAAGCGCGAAUUCGAUAGUGUAAAAUUUAUGUAUCUGUGUAAUUUACGCGAGGUUUUAAUAUUGCUCUAAGUGCCAACCUAACUCAAUUGAAUGACAUUACUUCAUAACAUGUAAGGUGAACAGAUCACCGGGCUGCGAUGUUGCUGUGGAUAGCACUAUUAAUGGCCGCGUUGUCGAAGCCUGCCGACGGCGGCGGCAGAUCUGGGCCAGCUUUCGACGGUACGCAGCAGACAACGGUGGUGGCGCGCGCAGGUGGUAGCGUGGAACUACACUGUCGCGUUCUGCGGCUUGCCGAUCGCGCUGUUUCGUGGGUGCGCUCGAGCGAUCUACAGAUCCUUACACACGCCGGCGCCGUUUUUACGGCCGAUACACGCGUCUCCUGCGCUGCAGCCUCUCAAGAAGACCCACGGGGCACCGUCCACUCACUGCGGAUAGAGGUGCUCCGAGUCAGCGAUUCCGGCCGUUACGAGUGUCAAAUUAACACCGAGCCUAAAAUGAGUCUCUUCUUCAACCUCACUGUUAUUGAGUGGGACCUACCAGCGGUAUCCGUGUCGGUGCUGAGCGGCUCAGUGCUGCGGGCGAUGCUGGGCGGCUCGGCGAUACUAUCGUGUGAGGCACGCUACGAGCCUUCUGCCGCACUGGCAGCGAUGCCUGCCGCCGCUCUUGCUGCCCUAGCCCCGCUCUCGUUGCAUUGGGAGCAUAACGGCGAAGCUCUUAAUCCACAGAGCGCACGAGGCGGCAUCUCAUUAGAGACAGAACGGUGGGAGACGCGCCUAGAGUCGCGGCUGACUCUGGCGGCGUUGGUGGCGAAGGAUGCGGGUCGCUACGUGUGCGCUGCACCCGACGACGGCGCGACGAUCUCGCUACGCCUCUAUCGUCGAGAGGGGGACGAUCGAGACGAUGAUAUUAUAGACGGUGAGAUGGAGAUGCAGCGAGAUGAGCCCGAGCCACGCCUUAGUUCCGCUCCGUCGCUCAUCGUGUUUCUGAAACUCGUUACUAUAGGCGCGCUUAUUGCUUUCGAACCACAUAAAUCUUAAAAAUCUCUCGUUCUCGCUAAAUACUGAGGUGAAUGUACAA